AUAUAUAAACAAUAAAUCUGUCAGUCAUGAUAACUUCCAUCUACAUAUACAACUCUAAUACAUAGAUGAACGUGACGUCACUGUACAACUUCCGUGUGUUUUGUAAUGUGUGGUGUGUUUUGUGACAGCAUUAUGUAGCACAGAUGUUACUGUAGUGGAAUAUUAAAAGCUAAAAGUAAUAUCAUCAUUUCCAUAAGAAAAGAUUGAGUGUUUUUGUUGUGUAAAGUGUAUACAAGAUAAUUAUUGUAUUUAUAAGAAACUUGGUUAAAAAAAAAACUAUCAUCAAAUUUAAUAUUCUAGUCUUUUUCUAUUAAGCGAUCAAAGAUAAAUCAUACAGUGAAUCAUUCACUAAAAUUUCCGGUAAAUGAUGAUACUUAGGACACAAAAACAAAAACCGAUAAUUAUUUCUUAAGAAAAGUGUAUUUUGUCUCAUUAAAGUUCAUUUGGGAAAUUAUGGACUGACUAGACUUGUGUGUUCUAGAUUAUUAAUUCUACAUUUUGUUGAAAUAAAUAGAUUACUUUAAUGGAUGACGAAGAGAGUUUACGAAGAAAAAGAGGAUCUGGAUGUCAUUUCCAGCCUCUAAAGCGAAAAACAGGAACGUCUUUUGAACAAAAUGAGGAAAAUGAUUUGGACAGUAGCAUUAAUGUUGAGGAACAUAAUGAGCUCGGGGACAUGACAUUUUGUAUGGCUAAUUAUUUAAAGGAAGUUAUGAAAAUGAUGUUUAUGAUGCGUACUCAUCACAUGUUGACUGAUGUUAUUUUAGAAGUUGGCUCCGAAUUAUUUCAUGCCCAUAAGGUCAUUUUGGCGGCAGCAAGUCCUUAUUUCAAGGCGAUGUUUACUGGAGGUUUGAAGGAGUGCGAAAUGACUAGAGUUACAUUACACGGAGUAUGUCCAACAGCAAUGGCGAGAUUGAUGUAUUUUAUGUACACUGGUCAAAUUCGAGUAACAGAAGUGACUGUUUGUUCUCUUUUACCAGCUGCAACAAUGUUUCAGGUGAACAAUGUGAUUGAGGCGUGUUGCACAUUUUUGGAAAAACAACUCGACCCAACGAAUGCAAUUGGAAUAGCGAAUUUCGCCGAACAACACGGAUGUCAAACCCUAUUGAACAAAGCGAAUCAAUAUAUUUUGCAGCAUUUCACUCAAAUUUGUCUUGAAGAUGAAUUUCUUCAAUUAUCGGCAAUGCGGUUAAUUGCGCUUGUUCGUAGGGACGAAUUAAAUGUACAAGAGGAGCGUGAAGUUUAUAAUGCCGUAUUGAAAUGGGUGAAAUAUAAUGAGGAAGCGAGAGGACCAAAAAUGGAGAAUAUAUUACAAGCAGUUCGCUGUCAGUAUUUGACACCAAAUUUUCUCAAGGACCAAAUGAUAAAUUGUGAUGUCUUGAAAAAAGUUCCAGCGUGUCGCGAAUAUCUUGCGCAAAUAUUUAAAGAAUUAACACUCCAUAAAAAGCCAAUUGUCAAAGAGAGAACUCCCAAUACGCCGAGAAUUAUUUAUAUUGCGGGAGGAUUCUUGAAGCAUUCCUUGGAUGUACUGGAGGGUUAUAAUGUCGAUGAUAAGACUUGGUCGAAACAUGCGAAUUUACUUGUUCCACGAUCAGGAUUGGCAGGUGCUUUUGUAAAAGGAAUGUUUUACGCUGUUGGUGGCAGGAAUAAUUCGCCCGAUAGCAGGUACGAUAGUGAUUGGGUAGAUAGAUAUAAUCCAAUAACAGAUCAAUGGAGACCUUGCAGUCCAAUGUCAGUGGCGAGAAAUCGAGUUGGAGUGGCAGUAAUGGAUGGAUUAUUAUAUGCAGUUGGAGGAAGUUCUGGUCCCGAAUUUCACAAUACAGUGGAAUGCUAUGAUCCUGAGGAUGAUUCAUGGACUAGUAUCAAAGCAAUGCAUGUUAAAAGACUGGGCGUUGGUGUUGCCGUUGUUAAUAGAUUACUCUACGCGGUUGGUGGAUUCGACGGAAAAUAUCGUCUAAGUUCUGUCGAAUGCUAUCAUCCGGAGAAUGAUAAUUGGACAAUGGUUUCGUCAAUGAUGUGCUGUAGAUCUGGAGCUGGAGUAGCAAGUUUAGGGCAAUAUAUUUACGUAGUUGGUGGCUACGAUGGAACGAGUCAAUUAAAUUCAGUUGAGAGAUAUGACACAGAGACGAGUGUCUGGGAAACCGUCAGCAGCGUUUCAGUUGCUCGCAGUGCCUUAAGUGUUACUGUUUUAGAUGGAAAAUUAUACGCCAUGGGAGGCUACAAUGGAAAUUCAUUUUUAAAUAUAGUAGAAAUUUACGAUCCGGCGAAAGAUCAGUGGGAAUUGGGUGUUCCAAUGUCUUCGGGAAGAUCGGGACACGCCAGUGCAGUUUCAUAUCAACAAUGUCCUAGCCAUUACGACCAAGUAGAAAAUAAUACAAAUCAAGAAAAAGAGCCAUCGUGACAGAGUAAUUUAUCUUGAAAUUAUAUUUUUCAAGGGAACAAUGUUUCUGGUAAUUUUCUAUGUUCUUACUGUACGAAAGGAGAAAAUUUCAUUUCUGUAAUUACAGAAAAAGGCCGAAACUUCUCAGAAGUGCAAAAAUUUCCAUCUCACUGAAAAUAUGCCUCUAAUUUUCAGUCCACUGAAGAAAAACAUUAGCAAAAAUCAUACUCAAUUAUUUUCUUCUUCCAUCGAAAAAAAAUUGUCCACCUUCUCUCAUUUAUUUAAUAUAUCAUUAAAAAAAAAAUUUUCUACGUUAAAAGAGGAAAAAAAAAGAAUGUAAUUUUCUAUUUCUAGUACAAACAAAUUUUUUCAAAAAUCCAUUGUUUAAGAAAACAAUUUGGAAAAAAACGUCAGUUUUUCGAUUAGAAAUCGAAUUGAAUUUAGAUGUUAUUUUUAAUUUAGAAAAUUAAUUUUUUUUAUAUAAUUUUUGAAUGAAAAUUAAAAAAAAAGUGUUAAAAAAAUAUGUUAUUUAUAUGAACCAUUCUUAUUGUUUUCUAUGAAAUCAAAAUUGGUUCAGUGAUAUUACGUGUGAAUAUUUCGAGCAUGAAUUGACAUGCGAAUCAGACUGAGAAAAAAAAAACUUUUAUAAUAGGCUAUUUGUAUAGGAAAUAAUAGUUUUUAGUUUAUAAACAAGAUCUGCUGGAUCGCAUCUUAAAAAAAUAUAUUUAAUUUUGAAAGUUGUCAAAACAAUUGUGUAAUUAAUAUUUUGAAAAUAAUAAUUCGAUUCUUUUAA